AUGAAAUAAGCCUAACCUUUAAUACCUCUUGCUGUCGAUGAUAAUAAGUAAUACGAUAUUAAAAAUGUACUCUAAAAAUAAAUUAAAUAACUAAAACCAGAAGAAUACCAUUUCUUUAGUUUCCUAAUUGCUACCAAUCAUGUUUUUGAGCAAUUAACAAAUUGCUAAAACAAAUUAAAUAAUGAUCCUACAUUUAGUUUAUGGAAGCUUUUUGAAUUUUUUGAUGUUAAUGGAGAUAGAAAAUUGCAAUUGGACGAUUUUAUUAUCACAUUACAAAAAUUAGAUAUUCUGCUUAAAAGAGAAGAAAUUGAGUCUUUAUUUUCAACUUUAGGUGGAGAAGAUGAUAAUAUUAUUUCCUAUGCUGAGUUUGCCAAUUUAUUUAAAUUCUCCUCGACACCUUAAUGGAGAUAAUCAAAAUUACCAUCUGAAGGUGUUUUAAAUUAAGAUCAAUAAAAAUUAAUACAUUAAAUAUUUAGUUUAUAUGCAAAAAUGGAAAGGAGCAUUUUACAUCUAAGAACAUAAAUAGGAAGUGAUAUUCAAUAACUUGAAAAUUUUUUUAGAAAACUAGAUUAGAAAUAAAAAGGCUAUUUGAUAUUGAAUGACAUUAUAACUUAUGUUAAAUCAAUGGGGGUUCAAGUUAAAGGAAAUGAUUACUAUAGAGUUUUCUUUAUGCUUUAAUAAUAUAAAUCAGGUAGAAUUAGUUUUAAUGAGUUUCUUAAAAGGUUUUCUACUAAAGAAGCUUACAAUAAUUAUUUACAAUAAUUAGAUCUAUUAAUUCAUCCUCCACAAUUAGCUUAAAGAUAAACAAUAGAAUAAUAAUAAGCUGUUCUUUAAACAAAAAUUGAAUAUACAACUAAUCUAGAAAGUAAACACAUUUAAUAAAAUGAGAUAUAAUCAAAGAUAUCUUAAUAAUCCAGAUUUUCAUAAGAUCUUGAUGAUUCAAUUAGAUUACCAGGGUAUACUAGAUAUAUUUUUGGAAAUAAUUGA